AUGGGAAUUGCCAUUUUCAUUGCUUUUGCUUUGUUGAUCAUAGCAAUACUUUCAUUAAUUGGUAUAUCUUUAUUUUCAUAUGAUUGUGAAAUGAAAACACCAUCUCAAAAUUCUGACAAAAAUUUCUACACUUUUGAUGGAAAAGCUGUCAAUAUUGGGAAAAUCACGGGUGGAUGUGAGAAAGGUUCAUCUAUUUAUACAAAAAUGGAUGCAAAUUUGAAUAGAAAUAUCAUUGUCAAGUCAUUGGAUGAUUAUCAAAAUAAUGUUGAGAAUCUCACCUCCACUCUUCAUCAUAUGUCUGCGAAUUUGAACCGUACCGAUAUUAUGGCUAAAUAUGCAGAACUACAAACUCAAAUUUUUGUUUUUUCACAAAUACCGACUGCGACAUGUUUGAUAAAACAGGAUAAGACCACUCUCAAUGAAACUAUCUCACUUUUUGAAACUCUUAAAUCUGAUUUCGAAAAAUUCCAAAAAAUUGAUGAGAGAAAUGUAAAUAAAGAUAUGCGACCAGAAGCCAAAAAGAUGGUUCAACAUUCGUUUGAAUCAAUGAAAAAUGAUUCGGUGAAACUUGUUGGUUCGAUCAAUGUAAGUUACUCAUUUUUAAUUUCGAACAAAAAUCUAAAUGUAUUUUAUUACAGAGCCAGUUGACAAAAACCGACAUCAAAUGCUAUCAAGAGAUGCCACAUGGAUUAUGUGACGAGAAAGCAAUCUACUCGCGCAAUGUUAUCAUUGUGAAUUGGAUUUUGUUUGGAGUUUAUGUUUUAUUGGCAAUCUUGGCAAAGCUGCUGUAUGUUCUUCCGUUCAAACGAAUGCAUUCCGGUAUCAAGCCAGAGGUAAUGUAUUUAUGCGCGUUUUUACGAAAUUAAAUAGCAUAUGUGUUUUCAGGAAGAAAUUGAUUACCUCAAAGGACGAGUCGGACAACAGAAUAAAGAAAUCAUUCGCAAGAACAAGAACGAGAUUUGGUAUGGUCGUCGAUAUUUGCAUCAUCAAGACAAGAUCAAAUCGCUUAAAGAUAAAGUGAAGGGCAAGGAGAAGAAAAAGAAGGGUGAGUUUUUGAAAAGGAAACAAUUUUGAUGCGCUGAACGAAAUGGACGGAUCCAUUCAGAACAGCUCAUCAAAAUCUAUCAUAAAAUAUGGGAUUUUUUAUUUUCAAUGAAAUUUUAUUUUCAGAAGUCGCCCCCGAAGAGUCUGAAAAAACCCCAACACAAAAGUAUUUGUACUCGAUGGAGGGUGGGGUAAAGCCAGAAGGCAUGAUUGAAAUUUAG